UGACGCUCACUGUGCCAUCAGUUGGCGUAUGACAACAACAAACAAGCCCGAAACAAGAGGGACGCAUCAAACCGGACUCGCUGUAAAUUCGACAGAAACGAAAGUAUGAGCCGAGGGAGCGGCGCUCGGUCGGAGUGAGUCCUCUUCACGGAGCCGAGGAGCCUCGCCGGUCCUGACACGAAGGAUUUAGUAGUUUUAUUGCGUGAAACCCGUGGGAGAAGCGGAGUUACGGCUUGUCCCCCCCCCCCCCUCCUUCCUUAGCUCCCCGUAGCUAGCUGCGGCUCAUUCCUGCCUGCUGAACACUUUGUUUCAGUCUGUUAUGCAGCUUCCAGAGGACUGCAGCCGCACUCCUCCUCCUGCGCCGCCUCGCUGCUCCCUCUCCCCGCGCUCUCCGGCCCUAUGUCUCGCUGGCUCUUCCCCUGGUCGGGCUCAAUCAAGAAGCGGGCCUGUCGCUACCUUCUCCAGCACUACCUCGGUCACUUUCUGCAGGAGCGGCUGAGCCUGGAGCAGCUCGGCUUGGACCUGUACAACGGCAGCGGCACCAUCAGGGACAUCAACCUCGACGUGUGGGCGGUCAAUGAGUUCCUGGAGUCUCUUGGCGCUCCUCUGGAGAUAGUGGACGGCUUUGUGGGCAGCAUACAGGUGACCAUCCCCUGGCAGGCUCUCCUCACCGAUCACUGCACCUUAGAAGUUUCUGGUCUCCAGAUAACGUGUCAGCCCAAGUACCGAACCAGCGGGAAUUGGGAGUCGCAGGGAUGGUCGUCCAGCAUGACCUCCAGCAUGCAGCUGGCCAAGGAGUGCCUAAAGGACCCCCCCGAGGCGUCCGAAGAGCCGCCUGCACCACUGGAGGGGCUUGAGAUGUUUGCACAGACUAUCGAGACAGUUCUUCGUCGCAUCAAAGUCACAUUUAUAGACACCAUCGUCCGCAUUGAGCACCAGCCCCUGGACCUGAAAACAGGUGUUGCCUUAGAGGUGCACAUCCAACGCCUGGAGUACUUUGAUGAAGCCGUGAAAGAUCCAUCCAGCCAGACUGCCGUGCCUGUCGACAUCCACCAGCCUCCUGCCUUUCUGCACAAGAUCCUCCAGCUGAGCGACGUUCAGCUGCUCUACGACAUCAUCGGUGUUGCACAGGGUCCUCCUGGGAUGGUCCACCUAAAUUCAGCCACAGCCAGUGAAGGAGAGGAAGAAGAUGAGGAGGGAGAGGAAGAAGCCAAACCCUUGAAAACCACUCCCUGCCCCCCGUCUCAGCCGCUGCCUAUAGGGCGCUGCUCAGGUUUCAUAGAAACCACGGUGAAGAUCAAACAGAACGACAUGCUGCCUGGACCAAAGCUGGAGUUGGACGGGAAGGUGGGCUGCGUCCACCUGCUGCUGUCUCCGGAUCAAAUAACGCAUCUGUCGGACCUUUUGGCGGCGCUGUGCAUAGACACUGAGCCUGAGCAGAAGUGUGGUGGAGCAAACAGUCGGCCAUUAGACUCAGAAGACCUGCGAUUGAUUGAGGAGGACCUGAAUAAGCAGCUGGGAUCCAGUCCCAAAGACAGGGAGUGGGAAAACGAGCCUGACCUGGAGACCUACAUCACCAGUCUGGAGAACGGAGAAAUGUUUUACUCCAUGGGCCCAGCGGGGAUGAGCAGCAGUGUGGCGUCUACACGCUGCGGCAGCGAGCUGUCAGACAGCGACAUGGAGUCCUCCACGCACAGUCUGAGCAGCCUGGCGCACCCAGCACCGCUGUCAGCACAGGGUCUGGUAAAUUGUCCUCGAAGAUAUCCUGUACCAGGAUGCUUAUCCAGUCUGCCACAUGCCAGCAGGAUCAGAGGGCGCUCGCACAGCGGCCAGGCAGAGCAGCUGAAACCCGAAGCCUUGCUGCGCCUGACCAUCGGUGGGCUCACCCUAACCAUGCUGCAGGAGGACCCACCUUCUGACGGACCCUCGUCAUUAGCUCAGGUGUCUCAGGCGUUCUUCCAAGGGCUGCUGUCCUUCAAGGACAAGAUGUUCACCAAUAAAAACUUCAACCAUCUGAGAGACAGUUUCGCCACAGCCUGCCCUCUCUCCCACCUCAGGUUGACGGGGGCGGCGGUGCAGGUGACGUGCGAGACUCGCAGCGGGAGGCGGCGCUGUCGGGCUGUGACUUCAGACCUUUCCUUCAGCCGGCUGGAGCUGUUGGAGUGCCUUUGGCAGGAUGGGAAACAUCAGUACUGUGAGUUGCUUCAGUUCCAGAAAGCUGGAUUGUUUCCAGUCGGAGCUGCAGCCAGACCGUGUGCCCAGCUGCACUACAGCCUCACCGAAAGACGCCUGCGGAAAGGCAAGCAGCACGUGGUGCGGCGGGACAGCGUGGUGCGGGUAGAGCUGGCGGAGCUGAGCGCCGAGCUGGACCUGGACAUCCUCAGCCGCCUGGGGAGCCUCAGCAGAGCCUUGAGCCGCUGUCCGAGCCAGAACUCUGGACCAGGACUCAUACAGACCCAGAGCAAUGAGCUUUACUCCUCAUUCACCCUCCUGUCCCCCAACGCCGUGAUCAGACUCCGGUUCCCCAUCCCAGACCUGCGACCUCUCGGCCUGCGGCGGCCGCCGUCUCAGAGGGCGGUGCGGGAGGAGACCUUGGUGCUGGAGCUGACGGAUCUGGAGCUGAAGCACCAGGAGGCGCCGGAUCUGCAGAGCGAGCAGCCGGCCCCGGGCCAGCCGUGGGCUCCCUGUCUCACCCAGCUGCUGGAGGCCUCUUUCACAGACAUGCAUGGAUCGUAUGAGAGCUGGGAGGGAGGCUCCUUCCCCUGCAUCAGAGUGAUGAAGAACCUCGACUCCGUGCCGAGGAUAUCGGUGCGCGUGCGCGGAGGUGAAGCUCAGGGCCCAGCAGCGGGUCUGAGUGGGAUGAACCUGGGCCUCAUCAAAGAUCUCAGCACCACCUUCUUUGAAAGCCACUGUGAAUUCAACGAGAAAUCCAGCUCUCCGUUUUCUUCAAACCGCACCAUGUUUGAGACGGAGGAGAUGGUGAUUCCUGCCGACCCGGAGGAGAUGCUCCAGUUUCAGGAGCAGUGCGUCGCUCAGUGUCAGUGUGCGGUGGACUUCAGCCUGCCGCUGGCGUACAUCCUCCUGCCCAGCAAGGAGGCCUUCCAGAGCAUCUACAACAGGAUCAAUAAUGACCUGUUGAUGUGGGAGCCGCCUCCCCCUCCUCCCCCCUCAGCCCACAGCGCCGACCAGAGCCGCCGUCCCCACGACGAGUUCCAGCUGUGCAAGUCGGCCUUCCAACUGGACUCUGACUCGGAUGAGGACGAGCCUCCGUUUUACUUGGCCAGCGAAUCCUCUGGAAGGACGCAGCCGUCAGCUCCUCUUCCCAGCCACAACCUCAGCCUCCUCUCCCUCACUGUGAUUAUCGGGAAAGGUCGCCUGCAAGCCAGAACUGACAGGAAGGAGGACCAAACUCAAGGAGAGAUUGUGCUCGACCUGGAAGGGGGGAAGAUUUUCAGUGUGGCGCAGCAUCAAAAUGAUCCCAACCUCAGCUUCCUGACUCUGGAGAGCAAACGAGUGGAGCUCUACCAUCGAGCCGUGGUUCAAGACACCUCCAUCCCAGAGAGGCUGGAGAUGCCCAGCUUCACACCACCCAAAGACCUGGACCCUACCAUCUACCCCACGGAGGUGGGAGUGAGCAGCGUGAGAGGACGGGAAGGCGAUCCGCAGAUGUUGUCCACGGCCAUCAGGAUCACCCUGGACCUCCAGAGGAACGUCAAGGAGUUCCUGGUGGCUCUCCAGCUGCAGGGCGCCACCAUGAGGCAUUACGUGACGCAGACCAACCAGAGCUGGCACGAGCAGCUGAUUGACUUUCUGGACGUUAUCGACGACCCCAUCCUGGGCUACACUGCGCCGGCCGUCAUCACCGUCCUCCACACACACCUCGCCAGCUGUGCCGUAGACUACAGGCCUCUGUAUCUGCCCCUGAGAGUGCUGUUCACAGCAGAAUCAUUUUCUCUGUCCAGUAACAUCAUCGUAGACACCGCCACCUUCCACCUCAGAUUCAUCCUGGAUGAUUCUGCUCUCUACCUCUCUGACAAAUGUGAGACUGACACGGUGGACUUGAGGAAAGAUUAUGUGUGUGUUCUGGACAUUGACCUGCUGGAGCUCGCCAUCACCACAUGGAAAGGCAGCGAUAGCGGGAAGCUGUCCCAGCCUCUCUUCGAGCUGCGCUGCUCCAACAACGUGGUGCACCUGUACACCUGCGCGGAUUCCUGCGCCGCCCUCGUCAAUCUGCUGCAGUACCUGGUCACCCAGGGCGACCUGCACCCGCCGCCCCGCCACACCUCACCCACUGAAAUCGCUGGCCAGAAAUUACCGCUGUCAGAAAGUCCUGCGUCUCUGCCUCCCUGUCCUCCAGCGGAGACGGCGGAGAUCAACCAGUACGACCUGGCUGAUGCCUUAAUCGACACAGAGAAGAGCCACAGAGACAACGGUUCAGAACCAGAUUCUCCGUCGGUGCCGAGGGGCUCGCCCGUGUCUGUCUACUUGUUUCCUGGCGAAGGCUCGAAGCCGAGCCCGGCUGUCCCGCAGAGGGAGUACUCUGAGCUCGACGGGCUGGUUGCCACAGCCGUGGAGGCGCAGCCUGAUAUGAUGCUGGAUGACGGCUCUGAGGGCUCCACCGAUAACGACGACUUCUGCAUCCUGGAGGCCCCUGGCAUGGGCAUACCUUCCAGGGACGGGGAGCCCGUGGUGACCGUGCUGUCUCAGGGCCCCAUCAGGGUGAAGGACGGCCACUUUUCCAGGCCCCGAGGAAGCUCCGACCUGCUGCGAGCUCCCAGCUGGUUCCCAGUACCGCAGACGCGGGUGGUGCUGAAGGAGAUCUCUGUGGUGUGGCAUCUCUACGGGGGCAGGGACUUCGGCGGCAAGCCGAUGGGCGCACAUGCUCAGAACUCAAACAGGGGCCGCUCUGUCCCCGCCGGUGUCCGCGGGUCUCCGUCUCGUUCCGUCACCUCCUCUCGUCCCCAGAACUCCUGGCGUUGGGCUGGAGGCAGCGGCCGUCAGCACUCCCUGCUGAUGGAGAUCCAGCUCACCAAGGUGUCCUUCCAGCACGAGUCGUACCCGGCGGCGGCGGUGGCAGGGCAGGAUGGGGAGGGCUCGCUCGGCGCCGCGGCGGGUCCCAGUGGGGAGCAGCCUCUCUGCAGGCAGGUCUUCAUCGUCCAGGAGCUGGAGGUUCGAGAUCGACUGGCCUCUUCGCAACUCAACAAGUUCCUCUACCUCUACACGAGCGAGAGCAUGCCUCGCCGAGCCCACUCCAACAUGCUGACUGUGAAGGCCCUGCAAGUAUUACCAGAGUCGGGACUCGGCGGACCCGAGUGCUGCCUACGGGUCAGCCUGCUGCCGCUGCGACUCAACAUUGACCAGGACGCUCUGUUUUUCUUGAAGGACUUUUUUAGCAAUCUAGCAUCCUCUGUAAACCCCUACAUGCCUGUGGACCCUGCUGCUGAAGUGAAGGUAGAUCCUUCCCAGAAAGGAUCUGAGGAAGCCGGGGCAAACGCUGGUCUGGGGCCUGACCUCACGGCUUCUGUGGAAACCACCUACAGCGAGCAGAGCUCCUCCUCGGCCGGCUCUUCCUCGUCCUCCUCUGAGCAGCCAAUCUACUUCCGGGAAUUUCGUUUCACUUCUGAAGUGCCUAUCUGGCUGGACUAUCAUGGCAAACAUGUGGUCAUUGAGCAGGGGACGUUUGCAGGGAUUCUGAUCGGCCUGGCUCAGCUGAACUGCUCAGAACUGAAGCUGAAGAGGCUCUGCUGCAGACAUGGUCUCCUCGGUGUUGACAAGGUGAUCCAGUACGCCGUCACAGAGUGGCUGUCGGACAUCAGGAAGAAUCAGCUGCCGGGCAUUCUGGGAGGCGUGGGCCCCAUGCACUCUGUUGUUCAGCUGUUCCACGGAGUGAGGGAUCUCUUCUGGUUGCCUAUAGAGCAGUACAGGAAGGACGGGCGCAUUAUCCGAGGUCUCCAGAGGGGGGCGGCGUCCUUCGGGACCUCUACAGCAUCGGCGGCUCUGGAGCUUAGCAACAGGCUGGUGCAGGCCAUCCAGGCCACAGCAGAGACCGUGUAUGACAUCUUGUCUCCGACGCCGCCUCUGAAUCGUUUUGCCAUCACCGAGGGCCGGGCCCCCUCCAGUCGACCCCGCAGGGCCGCGCAACCGGCGGAUCUCAGAGAAGGAGUAGCCAAAGCUUACGACACAGUCAGAGAGGGGGUGAUCGACACGGCUCAGACCCUGUGUGACGUGGCGUCCCGCGGCCACGAGCAGAAAGGUCUCCCAGGCGCGGUGGGCGGCGUCCUGCGUCAGAUCCCGCCCACGGUAGUCCGACCCCUCAUCGUGGCCUCCGAGGCGACCUCCAACCUGCUGGGAGGCAUGCGCAACCAGAUCAAACCCGACGCCCGCAAGGAGGACUUCCUCAAGUGGCGCACGGAGGACGCACAAGAAUGAGGACGGCGUGUCUGUGAAUAAAUGUGUGCGUGCGUGCGUGUGUGUGUGUGUGUGUGUGUGUGUGUGCGUGUGUGUGGGGGAACCCCGAGGUUGAAUGUGGGAUUUGCAUGUCCGUAUGUGUGCGUGGAAUAUUGUUCUACAAUGCAAAAACAGCGCAAAGACUAACUGCUACUGCAGCCACUGACACAGUUUUACAUACAUGUAACCACACCUAAUUCCUCUGCUGCUCAUCAUAUCUGUGUCCCCCCCCCCCCUCCUCCUCCGCCCUUCAGUCUGCAGACGGUUCUUCAUGUCUCCGUUAAAAACAUAUCUCUGUUUUUAUCGUGGCUUUGACUUCAGCCCAACCAGGAGCAGGAAGGAUUAGAACAGGAUGCAGAUUGUGGAUACUUCAUGUCCCGCUAAAUGUGCCGCUUUAAACUGAUUUUGACUUGGUUUAAAGUGAGCAGGAGGUCACACGUUCUCCACACACACACAAAAAAAGAAAUAUGUUCACUACAGAGAGUUUGCACCAAGAAAUCGAUGAUGCUAAAGCGCAGUAAGAAGUGUUGGUGAGUGGUUUUAAUCUGGAAUCAUUGGUUUUGUUUUGAGCCCACUAUGCACCUGCUCCUCUCAGCGCUGUUAAUUUGUGCCAUAAACCUUCCAGAGUGACCUUCUAGGUAGUCUGUGUUGCCUUCCUCAGACGCAUACCCUCCAUAGGUGACUGAAUAGAAACUCAUGAAGCCUCUGAAUCCUGUAGCACUGGACUUCAUGAAGUUAGUUGUUUUUUUUUUCCAGACUGGUGUCAGUCGAUGGUUCUCCUUCCUGCUUCUGUUUUCCAUGAAACAGUUCUGGUGUCUGGACCCAGACCGGCUCUGUCCACAUCUUUAGAUGCCUUCCUAUAUGUUUUUUUUUUUUUUUUUUUUUUUAAAUGCUUCACUAUUUGUUUUGUGUUUAUGUUGAAGCAUAGGUAUUGUUAUACUCGUUUCAUCGUAAGUGUUAUGAGGAUUUCAUUCUGGUGACAAUGGAGGAAGGAAGUUUUACAUUUUUAUCUUUGUUUUUUGUUUUGUUUUUUUUUGUGUGAGGGAUUAUUUGUGUGAAUGUGAGCGAGAUCGUGUGUGAAGGUGACAGGUUUAUGCUUGUUACGCUACUUGUGUGUAAUUACCAUUUACUAUCAAAGUGUAUGAAUGACCUGUAUAUUACAAAAACAAGUAUACAAAUUAAUACAAAAAUAAAAAUAUAAAAAACUGA